CUAGCCUAUAACACAAGUUUAUCACGGACACCUCUAAUAUGACAUUUAACUAUUCUAUUUGUGUUGUACAAAAGGAAAAGCUGUCAAAGUCUGCCUUCACUGUCAGUGGAUGUUUAACGGGGGUCAACAAAGAAGUGUUUGUCCUCUUAUACUAAAACUAGCAUUUAAAGCCCGAACAGGUAAUUGCUGUGCAUAUGUUACAAGUAUAGGUUUGGCUUUGGUGGAAUGUAUCCAGGAAAAGUGGUGACCACGUGGUAGGAAUUUACACCUAUAGUACAGGUGAGAAGACGACUUGUGACACACACGCCUAAGUGGCCGCUGUUGAUUACUUCAGUUCUACUUCAGUGUUCUGGCAGUAUGUGCCUGGACCUGAUGUAGCUAAUGAAUAAAUUGAUGUUGCAUCAGUAGGUCAUAAGAGGAGGCUGAUGUUUAGGUGGAGUGUCUUUGACUGCUGUUGUGUCCAUCGUGACUAUCUACCUGGACAGGUGUUCACUGCUGUCAACUCGCACUUUUCAUGACAAGCUGAUUAAUACAUGACUGUUUCCAUGGAAUCAAAAAACAAGAGCUCACUAUGGAUAAGAUUUCAUGUAUUUCUAGAGGAAUCAUAGCUGCUGGGAUUAAGCUGAUGUACAUGUGAUCUUGGAUUUUUGUAUUGAGUAUAAUGAUAAUGCUGAUUAUGAGUGCAGUGAUGAGGAUGAAAUAGUGGGGUCAGUACUGGGAUGGGGACAGAUGCACUUGUGAGAUAUGUGCCCAUGCUAUACCCCAGAGAAAACCGUGAGGUACGCAGUGCUGAGGUCCGCUGCAUCAAUAGGGGAGGGCUGGAUCGCGCCCGUGUCUCCCUCCCCCUGUACAAACGGCACUAUGGCCUCUCUAAAGCCAUUGUCUGUGUCAGUGCCAAAAUACACAGCAGAAGAAGAGGCUUGGCAUCCGUAGUACCAGGUGUCCUUGAUAUCAACUCUAUGGGCCUUCCCCCAGAGUAUUUAUCCAGUGUAGAAAAUGCCAUCACAAACUACAAUGGAACGCCAAGCAGUAGUGGGCGAUCAUCUCCCACUAUCACAGAGACCCAGAGCAAUGCUUCGAGUGCACGUGGAGGCUGGACAACAGGCAACACAACAGAGCGGAGCUCUACUGACUCCAACUACUCCUGGGAUGAGUUUGAUAAACAGGCAGCCAAAACAGUACAAUGCCUGUUUGACCAGAUUGACUCCAUGUUAUUUGAACAAAACGUAGAAGGACCAAGUUAUAUACUCAAAGAGUGCAAGGAAUGGAAUCUCCGGUUUCCUCAUUUACGCAUCCUGGGCGAACAAUUGUUCCAUCCUCAGGAUAUGGGGUUCCAGGCAAUCGAGAGCGAAGGUUCACGGCCUUCCACGGGCAGUAUGGGACUGGUGGAUAUCACAGACCACGAAAUGGUCACCACGCAAGACAUACACAGUCUAACACUGUCAGGACAGCGUUUAAGACCACAACAACCUCCAUUGGACGCACGAUCUUACCAUUCAGGCAUGUCAACGUCCAAUGUCUCAUCCGAGUACACACAUCUCGAGGAGGAGAUUUUCAGCCAGGAGGGCGAGUAUGAGGAGAUCAUAGCUAUCGACUAUGUAGACAUAUAUGACGAUGAUUACUACCAGAAGAAGCAGUUGACGCCUCGGCGUAGACGUGUUGGCUACCCUCCUAUUACACCUAAUGCCUGUGUCAAGGAUGCUGUAAUGAGCUCAGUGUUUGAUCACAUGUGGCAAGAGAUUUUGGAAUGGAUGAGAAAUGUGAAUCGACAGUAUUCGAUCCUUGUCUUAGAGGAGAGUAAGCCGUCCCUCCCUGUAGCUGAUAUGACUAUAAAUAUAUCAUCAUCAAACACCAUGCAGCUGCCUCCAUCACGAGAACCCUCCUUCUACAUGCAAAGGUUGCCUAGAUCCUACACAACAAUGGGUGUUCCUAAACACAGUAAACCACAGUUAGAUGAACUACUCCAAAUCUCGAGGAAGGAUUUGAUAACCAGGGAGAAAUCACUGUUGCAUGAUCAGGCAGAUCCUCUCACUGCUCGGCCAGCCUCCAGUAUUCAGCCAACACACAAAAAUCAGAAUCGUCCAAAUACAAGUAUAACAGCUGGGGGCAACAAGUUCCUAUCAGGGGCUAGAAAUGUUGCCAUUCCCAGGUCAUUAUUACGUCUAGCCCCUCUGGAUCAAAGGUCACGAACACCAAAUGUGGAUGAGGAGCGGACUGGUCCCACUGGUGCUCUCAGGGUCACACGAAUCACCCCUCAUAACGACCUCAACCUCCAGAGGAAUGGUGCUCUUCCCCCACUCAGCUCUGAGAUCGAACCAAGUCCUUCACUUACACGGACACAACAGAAGGUUCAUAGUGCUAGUAACAGAGCCAGCAGUGCUGUAGACAAAGACAUUCGGGCUCCCCACCGCAACCAGUUUAUGAUUCCAGUUGACACGCGGCCUAGCACCACUCACGCCAUGCGGUCGGACACACCAUUAGGCCAGACAAGACGGGCGUCCACACCUUUUGGACUAAAUACUAUUCCUGCCAGAUCAUUAGGGGACAGGACAUUGCUGGGUAUACAUGGAAGUAGUAUUCAGCCAUCCAACGACAUGAAUCAUCUAAAUCACAUGCAGCCGGAGAUACUUGAGGAGGGUCUCGAUGAUGUCACAAGCUUCCCGAACCAGUGGACCCCAUCACCGCCAAGUCAUCAUAACCCAUAUCGAACUCUCAAGUCACGCCUGGUGAAGUCAUAACCAUAUCUCUGUUGGCGGCAUUUUGGCCGUCAGCGGUCAUUGUUGUGUAGGUCAUAUGAACUCAUCUACAGAAUUAGUGCCAAAUUUGUGUGACUGUGUGAUGGGACUGGUGUACGGGACAGUAAAGAUUCACCCUCAGCCAUGUACUAGCAUCAUGUGACGGUUAGAUGGGACUGGUACUGGCUUCAAGUAUUGCCCACAACCAGGAACUGGCUUCAAGGAUCCCCCAUGAGCAGUACUGGAUAAAAUAUCACCACAACCAGCUACUGGUAUCAUCUAUCAGGCAGUCCACAUCCAGAGAGUAGAAUUGGCCUGGCAAGUAUUGCCCACAACCAGGUACUGUUGUCACAACUAGAUACUGGCAUCAAGGAUUGUCCACAACCAGGUACUGUUGUCACAACUAGAUACUGGCAUCAAGGAUUGCCCACAACUAGGUACUGUUGUCACAACUAGAUACUGACAUCAAGGAUUGUCCUCAAGCAGGAAGUGGUGUCACAACUAGAUACUGGCAUCAAGGAUUGCCCACAACCAGGUACUGUUGUCACAACUAGAUACUGGCAUCAAGGAUUGCCCACAAGCAGGAAGUGGUGUCACAACUAGAUACUGGCAUCAAGGAUUGCCCUCAAGUAGGUACUGUUGUUACAACUAGAUACUGCCAUCAAGGAUUGCCCACAACCAGGUACUGUUGUCACAACUAGAUACUUGCAUCAAGGAUUGCCCUCAAGCAGGUACUGUUGUUACAACUAGAUACAGGCAUCAAGGAUUGCCCUCAAGCAGGUACUGUUGUUACAACUAGAUACAGGCAUCAAGGAUUGCCCUCAAGCAGGUACUGUUGUUACAACUAGAUACAGGCAUCAAGGAUUGCCCUCAAGCAGGUACUGUUGUUACAACUAGAUACUGGCAUCAAGGAUUGCCCUCAACCAGGAAGUGGUGUCAAACAUUGCCUUCAAUCAGGCAGUAGUAGUCGCUGGACACCUAGACAGCCUAACUCGGAUAUCUACACACCUAGUCACAUUGUCAGCUCCAGAAAAUCCUGACACUAUGGUUCUGUGAAAUACUGUUAAAGGAUCCUGAAAAAGUAGAUAUCUGGUCUGUUGAACCGUGAUGACAUUCUAACUUGAAAGUGUCAGAGAUACCAGUGUUUAUCAGGGACAGGGUUUUGUGGCUUUACAUAGUGCUGGAUAUUCAAUUUUUAUCACAACUUGGGCACACAACCAGGGUUUAGCCUUUCAGGAUACUUAGGUAGUGUGUGUCUGGUGUAGCAGCAUAACAUUGACACAAGUUCUGCUUGGAUGUAUGCUCAUUACAAUUGGUGUGGUUCUCUCUAAGGGAGACAACUCAUCAAUCCCCUAAACUGGAUCCAGGGUUUGACGCUAUAGUGAUGGCACAGAUUAGUGGAUAUUUGCCUGGCAGCUUCUAGAUACAUCUCUAAAACAUUUACUCAUUCUGUCUGCAAAUUAUGAAUGGCAAUUGUGAAUUAUAUCAGGUACAACAUAAUUGUGAAAACAAACAUCUAGGUGUGCCUUUUUACGACAAAAUUGUAUUUGUGGUAGAAUAAUGAUACUUUUUCUGUACAAUUAGUUAUUUAGACAUUGUUACGCGCAGAAAGCUCCCCUUGUAAUGCUCACUGUUAAUAUUAUAUUGAAGCGCAGUGUGAAUUCGAGGAGAUGCAGACACUACUGAACCUUGCCUAUGAACACUUGACUAGUUACUGGUUAUAUAGUGGUCCUUCUGAUGUUACUGGUUAUAUAGUGGCCCUUCUAAUGCUACUGGACAGAUACAAUAGCUGGACAAUAAUAGUCGUGAUCAUAAUUAUGUGAUAUACUAAAGUUUCUCAUUGCUGGAGGAUGUAGAAACUGAUCAGGCAACAUAUUUGGAUGUUGAUAAAAUGCCUAACUUUUAUGAACAAAUUAUGAUUGAUGUUCUGUGAUAUGUGCUUUAAGUUAUGGAUAUUAUGUGUUUUUUUUUUUUUAUAUAAAUUUUCUUAUUUUUAACGAUCAUUUGUUUAUGCUUCAUCCUGUAAAUUUGUAAAUAGUGUAAAUAGGUUUGCUGGUGAACUGUUGUGCUCUAAGCUACCUGUGGCUGGAGACAUGAUGAACUGUUGUGUCAUUCCUACUCAUGAGUGGAGCAGCGGUGUGCCCUCCUAUCCACCUACUCAACAGUAGGACUGCCUCACUCAUGGGUGGGAUCUUUGAGAACUGUUGUGUCCAUGCCUUUUAGGGCUGCAUGGCAGCUUAAGCCCCAGGUAAUGGCAUGGUGUAGACAUGAUACUGCCUACUUAUACCUCAGCCAUGCAGCUUCAUACUCCUGUGUGAUGUAUAUUUAAAAAUGUUUGAUGUGGAGGUAUGGUAGAGUGAUCAGGUGUGUUAUGGAGGUGUGGUAGUGAGGGUGAGUGUGAUAUGGACGUUUGGUAGUAAAGGCGAGUGUGAUAUGGAGGGAGGUGUAGUAAGGACAGGUGUGAUAUGGAGGUGUGGUAGUGAGAAUAGACAUGAUAUGGAGGUGUGGUAGUGAGGAGAGACAUGAUAUGGAGGUGUGGUAGUGAGAAUAGACAUGAUAUGGAGGUGUGGUAGUGAGGAGAGACAUGAUAUGAAGGUGUGGUAGUGAGAAUAGACAUGAUAUGGAGGUGUGGUAGUGAGGGUGAGUGUGAUAUGGACGUUUGGUAGUAAAGGCGAGUGUGAUAUGGAGGGAGGUGUAGUAAGGACAGGUGUGAUAUGGAGGUGUGGUAGUGAGAAUAGACAUGAUAUGAAGGUGUGGUAGUGAGAAUAGACAUGAUAUGGAGGUGUGGUAGUGAGAAUAGAUAUGAUAUGGAGGUGUGGUAGUGAGGAGAGACAUGAUAUGGAGGUGUGGUAGUGAGGAGAGACAUGAUAUGGAGGUGUGGUAGUGAGGAGAGACAUGAUAUGGAGGUGUGGUAGUGAGGAGAGACAUGAUAGUGAAAAUAGACAUGAUAUGGAGGUGUGGUAGUGAGGAGAGACAUGAUAUGGAGGUGUGGUAGUGAGGAGAGAUGUGAUAUGGAGGUGUGGUAGUGAGGUGAGACAUGAUAUGGAGGUGUGGUAGUGAGGAGAGACAUGAUAUGGAGGUGUGGUAGUGAGGAGAGACAUGAUAUGGAGGUGUUGUAGUGAAAAUAGACAUGAUAUGGAGGUGUGGUUGUCAGAAUAGACAUGAUAUGGAGGUGUGGUAGUGAGGUGAGACAUGAUAUGGAGGUGUGGUAGUGAGGAGAGACAUGAUAUGGAGGUGUGGUAGUGAAAAUAGACAUGAUAUGGAGGUGUAUUGUGAGGAGAGAUGUGAUAUAUGAUGGUGCGUUAGAACAGGUGUCAUAUGGAGGUGUGAUAGUAUGCACAUGUGUGAUAAGGUGGUGUGGUAGUGGUGAUAAGGUGGUGUGGUAGUGAUGAUAGGUGUGAUAAGGUGGUGUGGUAGUGAUGAUAGGUGUGAUAAGGUGGUGUGGUAGUGGUGAUAGGUGUGAUAAGGUGGUGUGGUAGUGAUGAUAGGUGUGAUAAGGAGGUUUGAUAAUGAGGACAAGUAUCAGAAUUGUAUGAUUCGGAAUGCAAAACAUUUUUAUAUGGAAGAGUUGAGUCCAUUUCAUUCAUUUGUCAUAUCUCCAUAAUUUUUGAAGUGAUACACUUUCAAAUGGAAUCAAAUCAAGACUUCUGAGAGUAAUAUUUAAAGUUAAAUUCCGAAAAAAUUGUCAUGAUUUGUAUCCUACCAAAGUUAAGGUAAAGAACAUGUAUUACAUGUGAAGCCCAGAAAGCAUUCUCCUCAACUUUCCAUGUGAUGUCAGCAAACUGUAUACUAUACUUAAACCGAUAUUAUCAAUAUAAAUUAGACCAAAAUUUUUGUAAAAAGAUAAAUAUUUUUCUUUAUGCCAACCUAUGAAAUUUUUGCUCACAUCUUCUCAGGCAAGCCUACAGUAAUGUCUCUGCUCACCAAUCUCAGGUAUGUGUGUGAUAUUGGAUUAGGUUUGGACAUGCUCUUUGUGUGUUAUAAACUUUAUUUCAAUUGAAAAUAGUUGGUAAUGCAGGAGUAAAUGCACAAGAAUACAACGGCUUGUAUGACUGUUGCCAAAGCUGCAGUUGCAAAGAUGUUUUGUUACUUUUCGGGAUAAGUGAAGUUUGUAAUUUCUUCUUUCUUCUUUUUUUUUUUCUUUUUUUUUUUUUUGAAAUUCUGAUUCCCAGCAACACCACUUCAAAUAAAUAUAAAAUUACUAAGGUGAAGUUUAUGGAAGCAAUGUAGGCUUAUUACGGGAUCAUUGAAAGAGAAUUGGGAAAUUGUUCUCUGAACAAAUAAUUGUGGCUACUUUUAAAGACUACCAAUUGAAGAUCAUGAAAUUUUAAUUCAUCUUGAAAGCUGCUUACUUUAGUAUGGGUGUCCUGUAAUGUCUUACUGAGGGAUGUCCCUGUAACUGACUGUAAUGUCUUACUGAGGGAUGUCCCUGUAACUGACUGUAAUGUCUUACUGAGGGAUGUCCCUGUAACUGACUGUAAUGUCUUACUGAGGGAUGUCUCAGUAACUGACUGUAAUGUCUUACUUAGGGAUGUCUCAGUAACUGACUGUAAUGUCUUACUGAGGGAUGUCUCAGUGACUGACUGUAAUGUCUUACUGAGGGAUGUCCCAGUAACUGACUUAUGUCUUACUAAGGGAUGUCUCAGUAACUGACUGUAAUGUCUUAUUGAGAGAUGUCUCAGUGACUGACUGUAAUGUCUUAUUGAGAGAUGUCUCAGUAACUGACUUAUGUCUUACUAAGGGAUGUCUCAGUAACUGACUGUAAUGUCUUAUUGAGAGAUGUCUCAGUAACUGACUGUAAUGUCUUACUGAGGGAUGUCUCAGUAACUGACUGUAAUGUCUUAUUGAGAGAUGUCCAAGUAACUGACUGUAAUGUCUUACUGAGGGAUGUCCCUGUAACUGACUGUAAUGUCUUACUGAGGGAUGUCUCAGUAACUGACUGUAAUGUCUUACUUAUGGAAGUCUCAGUAACUGACAGUAAUGUCUUACUGAGGGAUGUCUCAGUAACUGUAAUGUCUUACUGAGGGAUGUCUCAGUAACUGACUGUAAUGUCUUACUGAGGGAUGUCUCAGUAACUGACUAGUAAUGUCUUACUGAGGGAUGUCUCAGUAACUGACUGUAAUGUCUUACUGAGGGAUGUCUCAGUAACUGACUGUAAUGUCUUAUUGAGAGAUGUCUCAGUAACUGACUGUAAUGUCUUACUUAUGGAUGUCUCGGUAACUGACUGUAAUGUCUUACUGAGGGAUGUCUCAGUAACUGACUGUAAUGUCUUACUGAGGGAUGUCUCAGUAACUGACUGUAAUGUCUUACUGAGGGAUGUCCCUGUAACUGACUGUAAUGUCUUACUGAGAGAUGUCUCAGUAACUGACUGUAAUGUCUUACUGAGGGAUGUCUCCGUAACUGACUGUAAUGUCUUACUGAGGGAUGUCUCAGUAACUGACUGUAAUGUCUUACUGAGGGAUGUCUCAGUAACUGACUGUAAUGUCUUAUUGAGAGAUGUCUCAGUAACUGACUGUAAUGUCUUACUUAUGGAUGUCUCGGUAACUGACUGUAAUGUCUUACUGAGGGAUGUCUCAGUAACUGACUGUAAUGUCUUAUUGAGAGAUGUCUCGGUAACUGACUGUAAUGUCUUACUGAGGGAUGUCUCAGUAACUGACUGUAAUGUCUUACUGAGGGAUGUCUCAGUAACUGACUGUAAUGUCUUAUUGAGAGAUGUCUCAGUAACUGACUGUAAUGUCUUACUUAUGGAUGUCUCGGUAACUGACUGUAAUGUCUUACUGAGGGAUGUCCCUGUAACUGACUGUAAUGUCUUACUUAUGGAUGUCUCAGUAACUGACUGUGAUGUCUUACUGAGGGAUGUCUCGGUAACUGACUGUAAUGUCUUACUGAGGGAUGUCUCAGUAACUGACUGUAAUGUCUUACUUAGGGAUGUCUCAGUAACUGACUGUAAUGUCUUACUGAGGGAUGUCUCAGUAACUGACUGUAAUGUCUUACUGAGGGAUGUCCCUGUAACUGACUGUAAUGUCUUACUGAGGGAUGUCCCUGUAACUGACUGUAAUGUCUUACUGAGGGAUGUCCCUGUAACUGACUGUGAUGUCUUACUGAGGGAUGUCUCAGUAACUGACAGUAAUGUCUUACUGAGGGAUGUCUCAGUAACUGACUGUAAUGUCUUACUGAGGGAUGUCCCAGUAACUGACAGUAAUGUCUUACUGAGGGAUGUCUCAGUAACUGACUGUAAUGUCUUAUUGAGGGAUGUCACAGUAACUGACUGUAAUGUCUUACUUAGGGAUGUCUCAGUAAAAGACUGUAAUGUCUUAUUGAGGGAUGUCCCUGUAACUGACUAUAAUGUCUUACUGAGGGAUGUCUCGGUAACUGACUGUAAUGUCUUAUUGAGGGAUGUCUCAGUAACUGACUGUAAUGUCUUACUUAGGGAUGUCUCAGUAAAAGACUGUAAUGUCUUAUUGAGGGAUGUCCCUGUAACUGACUGUAAUGUCUUACUUAUGGAUGUCUCAGUAACUGACUGUAAUGUCUUACUGAGGGAUGUCUCAGUAACUGUAAUAUCUUACUAAAGAUUGUCCCUGUAAAGACUUAUUUUCAUCAUAUCUACAGUCAUGCUUUAGUAAAACAUCCAUUUGAUAAGAGUGAGAGACAGUACUAUAUGGUUAUAGACAAAAACCACCUACCCACAGUGAUCAUUUAAAUACUUGUUUUUCCAUAUCAUUUUAAAUUUUCUAUUUAAAUGUUGUUUUUACAGUGAUAAGGACCAUUAAUUAGAUCUUCAGUGUCAAGGGAAGUAACUUUAGGAUAUUGGUUAUCAUUUUACAUAUGGACCCAAAUUUAGCAUAUCGGAUCAAGCAAACAUUCCACAUUAAUACAGUUGAUAUGAUUCAAAUAUGCUAUACAAAAAGUUGACAGCCUUACAGUUUUUAAAUCACAACAAAAAUGACCAGUUUUGUUAGUUAUGACUGGAUAGAUCACAGGUUUUAGUAUAACUUGGGACUGCUGGUAUACCCCUAGGGACCUUGACUGCUAUCCUUCAUAUCAUUUAUGAAAAAGCUGGCAUUGGUAGAUAGUCAUAUACAUGGAACUGACAUGUCCCUAGAGACAGUGACAGCCGAGAUGUCCCUAGAGACAGUGACAGCCGAGAUGUCCCUAGAGACAGUGACAGCCGAGAUGUCCCUAGAGACAGUGACAGCCGAGAUGUCCCUAGAGACAGUGACAGCCGAGAUGUCCCUAUCGACAGUGAAAGCCAAGAUGUCCUAAGAGACAAUGACAGCCGAGAUGUCCCUAUCGACAGUGACAGCCGACAUGUCCCUAUCGACAGUGACAGCCGAGAUGUCCCUAUAGAGACAGUGACAGCCGAGAUGUCCCUAUAGAGACAGUGACAGCCGACAUGUCCCUAUCGACAGUGACAGCCGAGAUGUCCCUAGAGACCGAGACAGCCGAGAUGUUCAUGGAACCAGUGACAGCUGACAUGUCCCUACAGACAGUGACAGCUGAGAUGUCUCUACAGACAGUGACAGCUGAGAUGUCCCUACAGACAGUGACAGCUGAGUUGUCCCUAGAGACAGUGACAGCCGAGAUGUCCCUACAGACAGUGACAGCUGAGAUGUCCCUACAGACAGUGACAGCUGAUCAUGAGAUGUCCCUACAGACAGUGACAGCUGAGAUGUCCCUACAGACAGUGACAGCCGAGAUGUCCCUACAGACAGUGACAGCUGAGAAGUCUCUAGCGACAGCGACAGCUACUAUAUCCUGAGGGCCUCUGAUAGCUGAGAUGCCCCUGGGUACAGUGACGGCUGUGAUAUCCCAUGGGAUGGAGUAAAGUUGUCCCUUGGGACAAUGACAUCCUAGAUGUCAGUGGGGGCAGUGACGACUGGCAUGUCCAAAAGGACAAUUACAGUUAAGAUGUUCUUGGGUAUAUAGCGAGUGACCAUGAGGAUAUUGAAAGUCAAGAUGUUGGUUCUAACAGAUCCUAGUCAUAGCUGGUUUACCAGUCACACACCAGUGUUGCUGGGCCAUUUCUGAUCAUUUACGGAGAGAAUCUCAUUCAUAGUCAAAUAUUUACAAAAGUCAGAUCUGGUCAGAUUGUAGUAUAGAUAAUAUAGCCCUUUUUAAAGUAAACGAACAGAUUUAUGUAUUCAGUGUAUUUUUCAUUUUAUAUUAACAAUAUGUGAUUCUUUUAGGUUAAUGUGGGAUGAACUUGCUGCCUCGGUGGUGAGUGGUUCCUGUCAGACAGCAGUAGGUGGUGUGUCGAGGCUGGUGUGGUUACCACCGCCUCUAGGGCAACUAUGCCAACUACAACCUGUGUAGCUAUGUGCAAUAUGUCAACUGUUGCUACUUAUGAUGCAUACACAACAGCUGUAAAUAAAACAUGAUUAAUACUCUA